AACCAAUGAUAUUGAUUUGUAAGAAAAAAUAUAUAUUUCAUAUUUUCAUGUUUUUCAUAAUCUUUGCCUAGAAUUAUAAUGAAGUAACCAUUGUAAUUCUUAUAAGUACUCUAAUUUACCUUUUUUUGUCAACCAUAUUUUUUUAAUAAUUAGUUCGAGUACUAUAGUUGUGUUCAAUAUAUAUUAAUUUACUUAAAAAUAUACUAUUAAUUUGCUUAAAAAUAAGCUAAAAAGAAGAAUCGUGGGGAGCAUUCAUUAAGCUGCUUACUAAGACUUGUUCUUCUACUAACAACUUCAUGCCCUCCAAAUCCUUCAUCUCCAAUGCCGACAACCACCAAAUUUAUUAAUUAAUAAAAUCUUGUUCUUUUAAUAAUAUUCUAAUGUUACUUUUAAAUCUUUUGAUCUUCAACUCGUAGAACUUCUCUAGUGAUCCUGUGUUAAGAUCCCAACAUUAACAGAAACAAUCAUUGAACACGAGUAACAUUGUCGUAGAACGACUUCUUAUAUACUUCAUUCAAGCCUCUCCCUCGCUCACACACCUUCAUUCACAUCAACAUAUCUCUACAUUUGCGAGUAAACCCUAUUUCUAGAAUAUCCUUGCAUAACAAGAAAGUAAAAAGUCUUGCGUUACUUAAGAGGCAAGAGAAAUGACAGAGAAGGAUCUUCUUUACAAUACAAUACUUGCUCGUAGCUUUAGCAAAAACGAGCAGAAGAGACUUGGCUAUGGAGCUUUCAUCGCCUCUAUUUUCUUUGUCUUCACUCUUUGCACCAUCUUUAAACCUUAUCUCAGCCCAUUACCAAUCGUGGAGUCGCAAUUAUCAGUGGACGUUGGUCUCAGGAUGCUGAGAAUAUCAGAAACGCAUAAACCGAAGGCGUUGAGUAGCAGCAACUAUACAACGUCUCAAAGCAACAUUACAUCAAAUACAACAAAUACGCAGAGGUUAACCAGUUCUGAAGAUGACAAGCUUAGUGUCUACAACGACACAAGCUUGCCCAAGAAUCAUUCUGAUUCGUUUAACCGUACUACACCCACUUUAAUCUCCAAAGAACAAGUUAUUUCAGACGGUAAUAUGAUGGAGGAAACGGUAAAAUGUAAGAAGCAAUCGAGAACAGAGGUGUGCGAAUUAAACGGCGACGUAAGAGUCCACGGUAAAUCCGCGACGAUUCGAACCGCGAUCACGUCUGCGUUUUCGGGAAAUACCACGUGGCAAAUGAGACCUUACGCGAGAAAAAGAGACUCUGGGGCCAUGAAUAACGUUAGAGAAUGGACGGUGAAAUUGGAUAAAAACGCCGAGCGACUAGAGAACGCUAAUUUCUCGCGUUGCGUUACGAAUCACAGCGUUCCGGCGAUUGUUUUCUCUCUGGGAGGCUACUCGAUGAACAACUUCCACGCUUUCGCCGACAUCGUGGUUCCUCUUUUCACGACGGCGCGUAGAUUCAACGGAGAAGUCCAAUUCCUCGUGACGAACAAGAACCAGGCGUGGAUCAACAAGUUCAAGGAGAUACUGAGGAGUCUCUCGAACUACGAUCUGAUUCACAUCGACGACGAAAACGAAACGCACUGUUUCCCCACCGUCAUCGUCGGCCUCAAGAUCCAUCCGGAGUACUUCAAAGAGCUGACGAUUGAUUCUUCGUUUUCUGAAUACUCCAUGUCCGACUUCCGGAGGUUCCUAAGAGACGCGUACUCGCUGCGAAACGCCGCCGUGGAUCUGCGGCGGCGGAGGCCACGGAUCAUGAUUCUGUCCAGAGCCGGAUCACGAGCGUUCACGAACACCGACGAGAUCGCGAACGCGGCGGGAGAAACCGGAUUCGAAGUCGUGGUGGCGGAAGCGAGCACAGGCCUCGCUAGCUUCGCGGAGACGGUGAACUCGUGCGACGUGAUGCUCGGCGUUCACGGCGCGGGGCUUACGAACAUGGUGUUCUUGCCGGAGAACGCGGUGGUGAUUCAGAUUCUUCCGAUCGGUGGAUUCGAGUGGCUGGCGGAGACGGAUUUUGGGAGGCCGGCGAAGGGGAUGAAUCUGAGGUAUUUGGAGUACAAGAUCGCGGCGGAGGAGAGCUCGCUCGUGCGGAAGUACGGACGCGAUCACGAGAUCGUUAGAGAUCCGUCGGCGGUUAUUAAACGCGGGUGGAUGGCGUUCAAGUCGACCUAUUUGGUACAGAACGUGACUGUUGAUAUAAACCGGUUCAAGCCGCUUCUUGCCAAAGCUUUUGAGUUACUGCAGAAGCAGUCGAUGUAAAAUAAAUAGUUUACUGCAUUCGUAUACUGUAAAUUAUGAUAGUCCGAUCGGAAUAUUUUAUCAUUAAACACUUAAAUUUGAAUUUUAUCACUAAUAAGUUAUAUACAUUUGCAUGAGUUGAAUAACCAAAA